AUUAACUGCCGCAGCUUCCCCCGUCAGCAGUCGAUCUCAACUGGAGUUGGUUUCAACCGGCACAUCUUUUCCAUUUCACUUCAACCCAACCGCUACUGAACCCUGACAGCAUGGCUGACGCUUUAAAGGCAGAGGGCAACAAGGCCUUCUCUGCAAAGGACUAUCCUACCGCUAUUGACAAAUUCACCCAGGCUAUCGCAAUCGAGCCCGAGAACCACAUCCUUUACUCCAACCGUUCUGCAGUGUACUCUGCCCAAUCCGAAUACGAGAAAGCUCUCGAAGAUGCCAACAAGGCUACCGAAAUCAAGCCAGAUUGGUCCAAAGGCUGGCAGCGUAAGGGAGCUGCCUAUCGCGGCCUUGGAGACCUUCUGGCUGCUCACGAUGCGUACGAAGAGGCCCUCAAAAUCGAGCCCGGAAACGACCAGGCUAAGUCCGGUAUGAAUGCCGUCAAGAGGGCUAUUGAUGCUGAAGCUCAGGCCGACGGUGUCACUGGUGAUCCUCUGGGCGGACUUGGUGGUAUCUUCAACGACCCUCAGCUUUUCCAGAAGCUGGCCAGCAACCCAAAGACCUCUCCUCUCUUGGCAGAUGGCGAAUUCAUGGCUAAGCUGCAGCGCAUUAAGCAGAAUCCGAAUAGUGUCGGUGAAGAGAUCAAGGAUCCCCGCUUUUUGCAGGUCAUGAGUGUUCUGUUGGGCAUUGACAUGAGCUUCGGUGCUCCUCCGGAAGGCGCUGCCUCUAGUGCCGCGGAACCCCAAGAAGACGUGCCAAUGCCUGACGUCCGUCCCACUGCCUCUGGGGCAAAAAAGGAACCCGAACCUCAGCCUGAGCCCGAGCCUGAGGAUGAGGAGGCAAUCGCAAAGAAGAAGGCUCAAGAGGCGGGAGAUGCCGAAAAGAAGAUUGGUAACGACUUCUACAAAAAGAAGCAGUUCGAUGAGGCCGUUCAGCACUACGAGAAGGCCUGGGAGCUGAACAAGGAUAUCACAUAUCUCAACAACAUUGGCGCCGCUAAGUUCGAGAAGGGUGAUCUUCAGGGUGCUAUUGAGAUUUGCCAAAAGGCCAUUGAAGAAGGCCGUGAAGUUAGAGCUGACUUCAAAACCAUGGCCAAGUCUUACACAAGAAUCGGCACAGCAUAUGAGAAACUUGGCGAUCUCACUCAGGCAAUCGAAUACUAUAACAAGUCGCUCACCGAACACCGAACCCCUGACGCCCUUACAAAACUCCGCAACGCAGAAAAGGCCAAGGCUAAAGCUGAGAAGGAAGCCUAUAUCGACCCAGCUGAGGCUGAGAAGGCUCGCGAGCUCGGCCAAAAGAAGUUCCAGGAGGCUGACUGGCCCGGCGCUGUCGACGCCUUCACUGAGAUGACGAAGCGUGCUCCCCAGGAUCCCCGAGGUUUCUCCAACCGCGCCGCAGCUCUCAUCAAGCUAAUGGCCUUCCCUCAGGCUGUUCAGGACUGCGACGAGGCAAUCAGUCGUGAUGCCAAGUUCAUCCGUGCUUAUAUGCGCAAAGCACAGGCUCUGAUGGCUAUGAAGGAAUACAACAAGGCUUUGGAUGCUUGUACUGAAGCGCAGGAAAAUGAUGAUGGAACCCAUGCCCGCGAGAUCGAUCAGCAACAGCAGAAGUGUUUGGAGGCUCAAUUCAGCUCUCGUGCUGGCGAGACCGAACAACAGACCAUGGAGAGAAUCCAGAACGACCCAGACAUCAUGGCUAUCCUUCAGGAUCCAGUCAUGCAGAGCAUUCUGCAGCAGGCCAAGAGCGACCCUGCUGCUCUGCAGGAACACAUGAAGAAUGCACAGGUCCGCCUUAAGAUUCAAAAACUGAUGGCUGCUGGUGUCAUCCGCAUGGGACGGUAAACGGAAACUCCGUGGCUGUAAGGGGAUAAGUACGAUGGGAUGAAUUGAGACGACAGUAAUCUGUUUUCGACUAAAAGGAAGGCCAGCUUAUGAAUUGAUGCAUUUUCAGCUAUAUUUCAUUAUCAUAAUGAUAUAUUGUCCUAUCUUGAUUAUGUUCCACUGGAAUGCCUUCU